UUAGAAGUACUCUUUCUCGUAAGGGUACUCGCUUGCUGCCACUUUUUCUAUGGAUCUGAAGACACUCGCCAGAUUCGAGAAGGACAUGAAACGAACCAACACGGGGUUCCUGGCGUUAGCAACAGACGUGGAAUGGGACGAGGAGAAGACCUCGGAACCUCCAAGAGAAAUCAAGAAAAUACUGAAGGAGUUCCAAGACAUUCUUCCCGACGACCUCCUCGGCGAGCUACCGCCAUACCGAACGCACCAACACGAGAUCGUGGAGGAACCAGGUUCGAAGCCGGCCUUCCGAGCACCAUAUCGGUUCAGCCCUACAGAGCUAGCUGUCAUGAAAAAGCAGAUCGAGUAUCUCCUCGCCAAAGGACUUAUCCGACCAUCCACUUCACCAUACGGUGCCACUGUACUCUUCAAACCGAAACCGGACGGAAGCAUGCGCAUGUGCAUCGACUACCGAGCUCUCAACAAGCAGACCAUAAAAAACAAAUACCCGAUUCCACGAAUCGAUGACCUGCUUGACCAGCUUCGGGGAGCCACGGUAUUUUCAAAACUAGAUCUGCGGUCUGGAUACUGGCAGAUACGAAUUGCAGACGAGUCUGUUCACAAAAUUGCUUUCCGAACUCGGUACGGAUCGUACGAGUAUCUGGGAAUGCCGUUCGGACUCACCAACGCACCUGCAACGUUCCAAGCAGAGAUGAAUCACAUCCUACGCCCACUCUUGGACGAAUGCGUAGUGGUGUACUUGGACGACAUCCUCGUCUACUCGCGAGACAUGCAACAACACGUCGAACACCUGCGACGCGUGUUCGAGAUUCUUCGACGAGAACGCUUCUACGUCAAACUAUCCAAGAGCGACUUCGCCCUCGAGAAAGUCCAAUUCCUCGGACAUAUCGUAAGCACUCAAGGAGUUCACGUCGACGCCAAGAAAAUCGAAGCCGUACGUACGUGGAAGACACCAGAGAACGUGAAGGAGUUACAGCAGUUCCUUGGCUUCGCCAACUACUACAACAGGUUUGUGCCACAAUACGCGAAGAUCGCCGCGCCACUCACGAAUCUGCUGAAGAAGAACAUGCCCUAUAACUGGGGACCAAGACAUCAAGAAGCCGUGGAACAACUGAAACAAGCACUCACGUCCACACCCGUACUCAUCUUGCCAUACCCCGAACGCAACUACGUCAUCGAAGCUGACGCCAGCGACCAGGCAGUGGGAGCAGUCUUGAUGCAAGACCAGGGGAAUGGAUUGCAACCAAUUGCAUACCUCAGCAAAAAAUUACACGGGGCAGAACUCAACUACCCGAUACACGACAAGGAGGCCCUUGCCAUCAUUAUCGCCUUCAAAACGUGGAGAUGUUAUCUCUAAUGACGCAAAACAACAGUCUACACCG